AGAGAGAGAGAGAAAGAGAGUGACCAGCAGACCAGCAGAGGAAAGAACAGACAUUAGACAGUCUGAGAGAGGAGUGAAAAACUGGUAAGUGGACAAUGGAUCUCAAGUCAGGAAUGGAAAGUUUGGACCCCAAAUUUCUCAAGCGCUUAAAGAUGGUAGAGCUUGAGGGAGUCCCUUUGAUCAAGGACACAGUGGAGCAGUGGGAUGCGAUAUGGAAUUUUAAAGCCCGGCCGGAUGAUCUUCUCAUUUGCACUUACCCCAAAGCAGGGACCACCUGGAUUCAGGAAAUUGUGGACAUGAUCCAGCAGGGAGGAGACCUACAGAAAUGUGCUCGGGCUCCCAUUUAUGAACGGAUGCCCUUCAUAGAGAUGUGCCCGCCGAAACCCAUCCGCACAGGUUUCGAAGAGGCGGAGGCGAUGCCCUCUCCGCGCACACUCAAAUCUCACCUCCCGGUUCAUCUCGUGCCCCCUUCCUUCUGGGAGCAGAACUGCAAGAUCAUUUACGUGGCCAGGAAUGCCAAGGACAAUGUGGUCUCUUACUUCCACUUCCAUCGCAUGAGCAUGUUGAUGCCCGAGCCAGGAAAUUGGGAUGAGUUUUUGGAGAAUUUCACUGCUGGGAAGGUCGCCUGGGGCUCUUGGUUUGACCAUGUUCAGCAUUGGUGGGAAGCUAAGGACCGUCACCCGAUUCUGUACCUCUUUUAUGAAGACAUGAAGGAGGACCCAGCCCGGGAAAUCCAAAAGGUGGCCCAAUUCCUGGGCAUAGAGCUCACGGAACCACUUCUAAACCGGAUCGUGCAGCACACGCAGUUUGAUAGUAUGAAAACAAACCCAAUGGUUAAUUAUACCACCCUGCCUCCUGCCUUCGUAAACCAAGACAUUUCUCCAUUCAUGAGAAAAGGGACCGUAGGAAACUGGAAGGAGCACUUCACGGUGGCGCAAAGUGAACGGCUGGACAACAUCUAUGCUCGGGAACUGGGGAACAGCAGCCUGAACUUCCGCACUCAGCUAUAAGCACCCCACUGUGCCUCUUACAAGCCGUUUUCGCCCAGACGCACCUGUUGAGUUCACCUGCGCAAAGGGAAACAAGCUGCUGGUUCACAAGCAUCCAAGCGCAUAUUGUGGUCCCUUAAUGACCUUGGAUUUUGCUCCUCUGUUGAUGACUGGUUUGCUUCUUACCUGUCGGGUCGGAUAUUCAACGUGUUGGCUAAUGGCCGCUCAUCUUCUUCUUUUGCCCUUUUAGUUGAGGUUCCACAGGGUUCAGGGCUUGGCCUAUGGUGGUUUUCUUCAUAUAUGCUAUCCUUGGGUAAUCUUAUUCAGUCUCAUGGCCUCCAAUAUCAUUUGUAUGCCAAUGGUACACGAUUAUAGCUUUCUCCUGAUGUUCAGGAUCACAUCUCGGCGUGUUUUGGGGAUAUCUUAGCUUGGAUGCUUCAGCAUUCCUUGAAACAUAGGCUUAAUCUACACCAAACAGUACAUUGCACUAUGAAAGUGGUAUGAAAGCGGUAUAUAAAAGGCAGGAGCCACACCAAGCGGAAUAUAGCGGUAUGAAAGCAAUACAUGGUAUGUGUCAAUCGGCCCCAACAGUUGUCAAUGUACUUCAAUACUGCUAUAAAGCAGGAGUGUGGCUCCUGCCUUUUACUAUUUAUUUAUUACAUUUAUAUCCAACCUUUUUGCCUCCAAAGAACCCAAGACGGUGUACGUAAUCCUCCUCCUCUCCAUGUUAUCCUCACAACAACAACCCUGUGAAGUAGGUUGGGCUUUUAUAUACUGCUUUCAUACCACUUUCACAGUGGAAUAUCCUGCUUGGGGUAGAUGAGGCCUUUAAUAUGGCUAGGGUGACCAUAGGUCUGGUUUUAACCAGACUUGUCUGGACACGGGGGUGGGGCAAACCGUGUCCGGGGGGAAAUCCACAAUUUCCCCGUUUUGUCUGGGAAAAUCCACUUUAAAAAAAACUGUUUAAGGCCCUCCAGGCUUCCAUCCGGGCCUCUCCUUUGCCGCAGUGACAUUGACCAGGCUCGGAUAGAAGAAGCUUGGAGGGGCUUAAACAGUGCAUUUCUGAAAUGUGGAAAUACGAUGGUUUAAGCCCCGCCCACACUUCCAUCCGGGGCUCUCCUUGGUCGCCACAGUGACAUCGACCAAGGAGAGCCCCGGAUAGAAGCGUGGGCGGGGCUUAAACCAUGCAUUUACGCGUUUUGGAAACAAGCGGUUUAGGCCCUCCCAGGCUUCCUACUGGCCCUUUCUUUGGUCGUCGUAACUGCAGCAACCAAGCAGAGGCCGGGACGGAAGCCUGUGAGGGCCUUAAAGCAUGUGUUUCCAAAAUGCAGAAACGCGCGCUUUAAGGCCCUCCAAGCCUUCCGCCAGCUCCACCACCACCACCGGCCCUGCUGCCAGCUGCAGCAGGCAGCAGCUGCCUCCGCCACCAGCUGCAGCAGCCACCACCACCAGCAGGCACUACCACCACCAGCAGGCACCAGCCGCCCCUGCCGCCAGCUGCACCAGCAGCCACCAGCAGCCACCAGCUGUCAAUGAGGCAGGUUUUUUGGGGUGUGUGUUUUUUAAUGUUUUUGACUGUUAAUGUUUGGUUGAAGUUGAAACAAGCUAAGAGGUGUUAGCCUUUAGUCCAUUUUGUUCCAUCGGUAAUGGUUGCAGGGUAAUAGUAGUUUAUAUUUCUGAAUGCUUGUUUGCUGUACUAGAUUUUUCUUCUAGUUGCAUGAUCCAGGAGGCCAGGUUCUGUGAGUGCAUAGUUGUCCUUGACAGACGGGGCAUGCACUUCCUAAAGUAAAGUGAACAGAUGUGAAGCGGCUGCAAUCCUAUGUAUCUGGGAGUAAGCUUUAUUGAAAUCAAUGGGACUUGUUUCUGUUGUUUCUUUGGGCAGUUUUCUUUGGGUCCCUGAUUGGAAAUUCAGGAGAUAUUUUGAUAAAAGGAGGGGAAGAUCCUUGUCUAACAUUGUGAUAAUGAGCAUCUGUUCUUUCUGCUCUUUGUUUGAAAGAACGUAUUCUCCCUUAUGAGCCUGCUCAUGCUUUGAGAUAUUCUGGAUAAGCCCUUCUUUCAGUCCUGCCAUCUUCACAGGCGCGCUUGGUGGGGACAUGGGAGAGGGCCUUCUCGGUGGCUGCUCCAGUACUUUGGAACUCUCUUCCCGGGGAAGCAAGGCUGCCUCCCUCCUUGAUGGGCUUUCGGAAGCAGGCUAAAACUUUUUUGUUCCAGCAGGCCUUUGGAGAAUAAUCUGGCCCUCCAUCUAUGUUAAUGUCUUAUAAUUUUGUUGUGUAUUUUAAAUGUUUAUGGUUCCCCCCUCCCCAAUGUAUGUUUAAAACUUUGUAAGGCUGCCUUGAGGCCCAGCAUUGGGCAAAAGGCGGGAUACAAAUAAAUAUAAUAAUAAUAAUAAUAAUAAUAAUAAUAAUAAUUUGUAUUGCUACUGGCUAUGGUCUUGUUUACAUGGCUAAUGAAUCAGAGAUAUAAUGACACAUUUUUAGAUUAGUUUCUCAAUGAUAAACCAGAAGUUGAAAUAAGCUAAGAGGUGCUAGUGAGAAAAUGCAACAAGCCUUGUCCAUUUUGUUCCAUGGCUAAGUUUGCAGAGUAAUAGUAUUUUAUUCUCUUUCUGAAUGCUAGGCUGUCAGUAUGUUGCACUAGAUUUUUCUGUACUUGUCAACUGCUUCAUUUUUUCAGUGGUAGCAGUAUGCUGAAUCUGUGAGUAUGGAUAUGCGAAAGGUGAUGGGGAAAGAGUGUUAAAUGUUAGGAAAGGUGAGACUAUGGUCAUCCAGCUAAGGAUUUGCAGUCAGAAAAGAUAUUUGAGGGAAAGGGAGACUGUAUCACACAGAGUAUAGCAAAAGCUUCAGAGUACUGCAAAAGCUACAAAAGUAGGCAUGAGUGAAGUUAAUUUCAGAUACGUUGAAUAUCUCACUUGUUCUUUAUUCCAGUGAUUUCAACACUAAGAUGUAAUGUAGAACAGAUUUGUCUUAAUUGUGUGCUGUGAAGUCAGACUUGGGACCAAGGCCAUGUUUAGGUGGGCACACCCCCUUGGGGGCUCAGCAUGUUGGUGGGCACGCCCCCUUGAGGCUGCCAUUUUGUCCUCCUUUUUGGUUUCCAAGAUAUGGUCACCCUAAAUAUGGCAAAGACAGAAUUGCUGGUUUUUCCUCCCAAACCUUCUCCCCAUCUUUCAUUCUCUAUUACUGUUAAUAAUGUUAUAAGUCUUUUCCUUUGAAAAUGAAUUUCAUUGGAAUGACUGGGCUAGUUUGCAAUUACCCCCCUCAACCUUCUGAUUUUGAUAGUGGGAGAAAGAACCAGUGAAUUUGUAUCACAUGUGUACCUUGCUUUUCUUCAAGGAUUUCAACAUUCCAUAUAUAGGAUAUAUUUAUUUUAUGCUCAUAUUGACGUUCAUAGGGAUAUAGGAGGAGGAAUACGGUUGGGGGAGUGGAGCUCAGUCUCCUGGACUCCGUUCCAUCUCCUACCAGCUGACCCGACUUGGUCUGCAGUGAGUCAAACCAUCUGGUGGAGUUUCCAUGGGUUUUGGGUAACGGGGGGUAUAGACAUUGCGCACAUUUCAGGGGCAAUUUGUGUAAUUUGCACAAAUUUCAGCCGCUCUUUGUGGAAAUGUCUACUUCCCCAAAUUGAGCAAACAUGUAAAAAGACCCUGGAAUUUAGGGGAAAUGCACGGUUCUCUUUGCAAAUGUAAGCUGCAGAAGUCCAGUGAGCCCCCAAACAGCCAAAUUUUCCUAGGACGGACAUCCGUAACUCAACUGAAGUAUUAUACAUAGGCCUGGAAAUUCCACGUUGACAGCACACUGUCCAGGGGGUAAACAAGCUUCUGUGGUAAUCUUCCUCCCAGUUAAUUGGCCAUUGUUAAUUGUCUAAGAGAAUGAGUCAUGCUUUGAUUUCCAUCUUAAUCCGGGAACAAACAUGUUAAGAGAGCAAGUUAGCAAGCGUCCUGUUUACCUUGUUUACCUUCCGCCUCAUACAAGAGCAAGGUGAUAAUUGGGUUGCCUCACGUAGGAACAGCAGAAGAAGAGGGGAGGGAAGAAUGGUAUAUAAACCCUGGAUGUAUUCUCAAUA